AUGGCACCAAUGUUGAAGUUCAAUGUGCAAGUCAGCAAACCAGAGCUAAUUCAACCUCAAAAACCAACCCCUAGAGAAUUCAAAUAUUUAUCCAACAUUGAUGACCAAAAAGGCCUAAGAAACCACAUACCAUUCGUCCAUUUCUAUCCCCCAAGCUUAGCCUCGUCAUCCAAAGAUCCAGUUGUGAUGAUCAAACAGGCCUUGGCCAAGGCCCUCGUUUACUACUAUCCGGUGGCCGGGAGGCUCCGGUGUGCCGCUAAGGGUAAGCUUGUUGUGGACUGUUGUGGUGAGGGAGUGGUGUUUCGUGAAGGCGAUGCCAAUAUCAAACUAGCACAACUGCAUCAAGUUGAAGGUGGACCGAAGCCACCAUUUCCACAAUGGGAAUGUUUUCUUGUGGAUGAUUUAUUGGGUAGCGUCCUCAUCACUGAUUCACCUUUGCUUCGCAUGCAGGUCACAAGGCUUGCAUGCGGAGGGUUUGUGUUAGCAUACACAUUCAACCACUGCAUCUGUGAUGCCUAUGGCGCUUACCUCUUCAUGAAAGCCGUUUCAGAAUUCUGCUUGAAUCCAACUCGAACUGCUCCAUCGUCGUUACCAUCUUGGGGAAGAGAAACUCUCAACCCCAGGUCACCUCCCACCAUCUCCUACCCCCACCAUGAGUAUGACAUAACUAGUAGUACUAAUCAUGAUCCUACCAUUUCUUACGCAGAAAGCGACUUCAAAUCUCUUGCUCAAACAUCACUGUUCCUCUCUCAGGCUGACAUAUCAUCUCUCAAAAACCAAAUUAGUCCCAGAUGUCCCUCCUUUGAUGCAAUCGCGGGGUGUUUAUGGAGGGUGAGGACUCGAACCCUAAUGAGCCCUCAAUCCACUACAAGGCUUCUCUUCCCUAUUGAUACCCGUUUUCGAUCCAAGCCAUCCCUUCCCAAUGGCUAUUACGGAUGCGCUGUCGUGUUCCCAUGCGCAAUUGCAAAGGCAGCCGAACUAGUCAACAGUCCGUUAUAUUAUGCUUCAAACUUGAUCUCACAAGCGAAGAAGAGCGUCGUUGGGGAGGAGUAUAGAGCUUCGGUUUUGGAUUUCAUUGAGAUGAAUGGGCGUAGAGGGUUUUGUUCGGAAGGGACGUUUGUGGUUUCGGACAUGACCCGAUUGCGGUUUGUUGAUAUGGAUUUUGGUUGGGGGAAAGGUGUGUAUGGUGGACCAGCAAGAGCUGGAACUGGGGUUGUACCUGGAAUGGUGACUUCAGUUAUUGCGCACAAAAAUGAAGAGGGUGUUGAAGGAGUGUUGGUUCUGGUUUCACUACCUGUGGAGUCAUUGGACAAGUUCCAUGAAGAGGUAAGGAAAGAGAUUGACAGGGGUAUUUCUUCUGCCAUACACAUUUCUACAUUGUAG